AUGACUGUCACAGCUGGGUCAAAUCUGGGACAGGAGGCAAGUCCCACGUAUGCUACAGAGCCAUUAGCAUACGCUAGAUUUGUAGCAGCAGAGGUCAAUGGUACCUUGCUGGGGGUUGCACAUGGCAAAGAUGAUGUCAUGGCGGCUGUCAUGUGCCGAGGACUCCAUCAGCAAGAUCUGCUGAAGCACUUCGGGGCGGUGGCCGUGCGAGUCCUGUCAGACCACGGGCGGCUGAAACAUACUGCUUUUGCUACGUUCCCCAGUGAAAAUGCAGCUGCAAAGGCCUUGUCAAGACUGCAUCAGCUGAAACUUUUAGGUCACACUUUAGUUGUUGAAUUUGCGAAGGAGCAAGAUAGCAUACACGUACUUAGCCAGCCUUCACUUUCAGAGAAGAGUAAAAGCUCAGAAGAGCCAGUGAAAGAAGAAGAGAAGAAAGAAUCAAGUUGUCUUAAAAUAGAAAAUGGGAUUGCUCCCAGCCAUGGCCUCACCUUUCCCAUCAACUCUUGCCUCAAAUAUUUGUAUCCACCGCCUUCAAGUACAAUUCUAGCAAAUAUAGCAAAUGCCCUGGCAAGCGUUCCCAAAUUCUAUGUGCAGGUACUUCAUCUUAUGAAUAAAAUGAAUCUUCCUCCACCUUUUGGACCAAUUACUGCUCGCCCUCCCAUGUAUGAAGAGUACUUACCAGUGCCUGUGCCACCUCCUCCAAUCCCACCUCUGCCUCCUGAAGAGCCUCCUCUUCCUGAAGAGGAAGAAGAGCAAGUAUCUAGUGGAGAAGAAUCAGAAUAUGAAAGUGAUAGUGAGGAAAAAGAGAGAAUGACCAAGUUGAUGGAAUUAGCAACCCUUCAGCCUAAAAGACCAAUAAACACAAAGAGGCGUGGCGUUAGAAAAAAACAAAGAAUUAAAGACUUACUGAAUGCUCCUGUGUGUACUCCCCACAGUAGUUUGCACCCUACACUGUCACCUUCAGAUGUUUUUGAACAGCCUCAACAUGUAGGUCAUAAAAAAAUUGAGUUCCAUAUUACUACUGACAUCCCAGCUGUUCUUCAGAUAAACUCGGAAAGAGAAGAAAAAAAUGAUCUUUAUGCAACCACAGAAGAAAUCAAUAAUGCAGGAUUUGGAAAGAUUUUCCCAGCUCCUACCUCAAAUGAUAAAAUGGAAAUGGAAGAAGAGCAUGAUGAAAUACCGUCGGAAUUUAUUUCUAGACGGGAACUAGAAAAAAACAGACUUUCUAGAGAAGAAAUGGAAAAAUUUUCUGUUUUCAAAAACUAUGAGCCAGGUGAACCAAAUUGCAGGAUAUAUGUGAAGAAUUUAGCUAAACAAGUUCAAGAAAAGGAUCUCAAGUUCAUAUUUGGAAGAUAUGUUGACUUUCAGUCAGAAACGGAACGAAAUAUGUUUGAUAUACGUUUGAUGAAAGAAGGCCGUAUGAAGGGACAGGCUUUUAUUGGACUACCUAACGAAAAAGCAGCUGCUAAAGCUUUAAAAGAAGCAAAUGGAUAUGUCUUAUUUGAAAAACCCAUGGUGGUUCAAUUUGCUCGUUCAGCUAGACCAAAACAGGAUUCCAAUGAAGGGAAAAGAAAAAAAUAGAACACUGGAAAAGGUAAGGAUGUCCUGCCUGAAAAUAAAAAGAGAGAGAAAGAUACAAGCUGUUUUUUUAUUACUGUUUUUUAAAUAGCUGCCUAAAUGUGUAUGUCUUCUAUCAGAAAACCAGGCUGCAAGUUACAUAGAUAGUAGAAGUUUAAUGUGUUACUACUUUCUUUCUCUAGAAACCUGGUGACUGCCAUUUCCCCAGUCCUCGGGUCAUAGGGUCCUUUGUCAGUUUUUCUGAUCUUUAAACUAGGGAGUGGGGAGUUGGGAAGAAUAACUUUGUAGAAUCUGACCACUUAGCUUUUAGUAACCUUCAGGAGUUUUGGCUUUGAAAAGAGUUAUUUUCAACACCCUCUUCCCCCUACAUUUUAAUGUGACCCUGAAGAACUGCUUCCAGUAAAAAGCCUGCUCCCGCUAGCUAUUUAAAGGACCUUUGACUUGGUAACUUUGAAUCAGGUCUUUGUGCUAUUGCAGCAUCCUUUAAGCUUGUCUGAUUUAGGAAAGGGUAUUGUGUCAGCAAUUUUUACUUAAAGUUAUGUUAAUCAAGACUUCUUUUGUGAUGCAGUGCACAGAUGCUGAUUUCUGGUGUUUCUGUCAACAAAGCUGGCAAAGUAGCUUUUAGCAGAAAGCGUUCAUGGUUUGACUUCGUUUCCCAUCAUAUAUAUGGCUUUACUUCACUGCUGCUUUACUUCAAGUAUUUGAGUUACACUAGAGUAACUUGAGCAAAAACAGCUCUAAUUAAAUUGUGAGGAGUUUCGUGACCCAAAAACAUUUGCGUAGUGAAUUGUCUUGAACUAGCACAUAAAAUAACUGGUAUGAGACUUAGAAUUCCUUAGUUCUCAACCUCCACCCAUUGAUAGAUCAGGUAGACCAAAUUUAAAAUGCCAUUUAACUAAUUACAGAUGUCAGUUGGGCAUCACUGUGCUUAUUCCUCCACCGAAGACUGAAUGAACUCAAACCUUAGGCUGAAAGCUUUUGAAACAUUCUACUUAUUCCAUCAUAUUUUUAAAUCUGGAUAUUUUGAUCAUUUAUUUUGGGAAAAACCCCUAAAGCUUGGAAUUAAGGGUAUAAGUGACUGUUUCUGACUUAUAAAACUGUUUUAUGACUCCCAGUACUGUUAUUGCCAGGGUAAUACUUCUAUUAAUAACAAAGUUACUGUAAUUGUAGAUUUCUCGUUCUGUCAGUUGUCUGUGAAUUUUUGGUCAGAUUCCAUGUGAGCCUAUUAUUUCAGUCAUUUCUGAAAUGCUGUGUAAUCUUACCAGUUCAUAUUUUGAAUUAUUGAUUUCUACUCUGCAAAAUCAGUAUUCAAAUUGAAGACAGUUUUUUGGCAGGUAUUCUUGUGUGGUGGUUGUUGAAAAAGAAACAAACCUUGGCUAAAGUAUUAUAAUAAGAUCAGGGGCUUAAAUAAAUGAUUUGGUCUUGUUUCUAACUUACUCCUUGAUAGGGAAAAACCUUAAGACAAUUUAUUGAGAUUUAUUUAAAUAGCAAAAGAAAACUUGCAGAAGUGUUUGAGCUAUUGGAAAUCUUCACUAGUAUCCACACAUCUUUCCAGCUAACUUUAUAUAUUUUCUGAAGUCAAAAUCAGAUUUUAUAUGUUUUAAAUAGUAUUCAAAUUACAUAAACAGGAGCAACUGGAUGAUGAUUUGGUUAAGCAUAUUGAUGGGCAAAUCAGAAGUAUAUUUUUAGAAUGAGCAGGCAUAUUUAUGCAAAACUUAUUUAUGCCUCUAAAAGGUUACAUGAGGUAGCUCGCUGUCACUGGUUUAAUAUAGUGAGGGCAAAACUUCUUACUUUGACCAUUUGUAUGUUAAGAUUACAGAAUGCACCUGAGAUUAAUACACAAUUGUGGGAAUCCAAGAGUUUUAAUUAAAAAUGCUUUCACUUGCCAACUAAUGAUGAAGCUGAACCAUAUUUCUACCUGAAUGUCUUUCCUGUUCCUGCUCAAAUAUCCUGGUAGAUGUUAAUUUGUGAUGCAAAAUUCUGUGAUAGAAAUCUGAGUCUGUAAGGAAGAAGGGUGUUGGAGUCUCAAAUUUGAAAGACAAAUAAAAAUUAAUUUAUGCAGGUAUUUGGGAGGCUUUAAAAUUGAUCUGUGUUGUACAUCUCACAGUAUUUUUAAAAAAAGACUAAAUUGACAUAAGUUAAAUUUUGAUUAUUUUUAAACAGGAAGAAGCUGUAUUUAAUUCAUGAACACUGUUCCAAACAUUAUGUUCUCCUUUGUAGAGAAAAUAAUAUAAAAAAAGCUGUAUUACUCCUUUAUGACUGAAAUAUCUUUCUCUUGAUGGACCGACAAACAUUUAAGGUGGUAUUUGGGAUGAUUAUUUUUUCUGUAGCUAAAAUACUAGCUUUUGGGGAGCAGGGUUAUGUAGAAGAAGCUGAUGCUGAGAAGUCACCAGCUUCUUUUUAGGGAAGAGGUGACCUGACAGAGUACAUUGAAUGGAAACAUAAUUGGGUUUUGGACCUGAUGGAAAAAGUGAGUGUGUAAAAUAUGGAAGACUGAAGGAGAAUCAAUGAGACAGAAAAUUCUGGUAUUAUCUUAAGAGUUCAAGUUAUCAAAAGAUGUAUUUACUUUUGAAUAUGGAGUUAGUUUUGGUGGACUCAGCCCUCCUUAAAUGUGAUAAGGGGUCAAAACUGUAUUUUAUUAAAUGAGGCAUUUUUGCUUACGGUAGGUAGUAUAAAGUUAUGUGAAUGCAAUACUGAGAAUAAAGUAAAUUUAAACCACAUUCUGCUGUUCUUCUUUAGAAACAUUCCUGCGUAAAUACUGCAGUAAUACUGUCAUGCAGAGUGUAUCCUUUCUUGUUGUAUCCUUUUUUGUGCAAUGUUUCCCGUAGCACUCUACCUCUUCAGUUUUCUCUAAAGUAGGUGUGGGGAGGAGUUUACACAUUUUAGAGCUUGAACUAAUCUGGUAAUUUUGAAAACGAAGGACACUUAUUCAGAAUUAAUGAGUUGUCUCUGUUGCUUAAAUAGACACAGUGAAAUUUCCUGGUCUCAACACAUGGCCUCCACAUUCUUCCUCAAAGGCCAUAAACUUCUUUAAUUUGCAGUCUAACUUCUUAGCUUGUAUGAGCUAGAUGUUUGUGGAGCUGUGCUGAGCUCACACUGAGAAUUACUUCUUGUUUUCUUUAAUAAAAUAUAUGUUGGUUAAAAACAUUGCAAAGCAGUCCAUUAAAUUAUUGCAGUGUUGAGCUGUAUUUUAGAACAUUUAAUGAUUACUAUUGUCCUAGUUUAUGAGAAACAAUUUAUAGUGGAUUUACUUUUGAACAUUAUUUUUUAGAGUAGAGAACAGUAAAUCUAAGUGUCUCCCAAUGAAGUAAUAGAGCUUGGAAUGGGACUAUUAAUUGUUGCUUUUUUGUUGUUGUUUUUUUAGAUUGCUUUCUGCAUUGUGAUAGUGUUGUUUCCAGUGAUUUAUAUAUUUUUUUUGUGGAUUACAUAUUACAUUGUUCUGUUAAAUUCAUUUUAGCAUAAAUCUGAUACAGCCUGUUUAUUUUUAUAUAUAUAUAUAUACACAAAAAAAACUUUAAAGUUUUUCAGGCAUUCUAUGCUUUUCUAAAUAUUAAGCAUCUUACCAUUAAGCUAUCAAAAGAAAGCACAUGCCCUUAUUUUCUAGUCGUUCAUACUUUUAACAUGCCUUUAUGAUGUUCCAGGUCCCUUUUGUGUUCCAUCUCUUUCAAGUGUUAUCAAGCUGAGAGAGAAGAAGCAGUGAUCAUCAGGACUCUUGAACUGUGCGUAGUAGCAUUUCUAAACUAUUUAAGGCAGAGUAUAAAUUUGCUCCUCUAAAAGAUUCCAGAUGUCUUUAAACAGUCACAGGACUUAUGACAAAUGUAUGCUAAUUUGCUUGUAAAAUCUCUAAUAAAUUAUUCCUUUUUCUUCA